CGUGGGUGAGACGAAAACAUGCUUUUGUCUCUCUCUCAAGGUUAUGCAUAAAAGCUUGGCAUUUAAAGCUUGACCACAUUUGUCAGCGUUGUUGUUUUCUCGGACUUUGCCGCCUCAGAUAACUAACUGUUUGUACGAUGGCAGACACUUGGGAAGGACACUGUAAAGCGCACCUGGGUCAGCACAAGUGCCUAAAUAACUUGUGCAUAACAGGAAAGGAAGGAAAUAUUUAUGGUACAUCCAGCCCCGAUUUCCAAGUACCCCCGGAACUUAUUCUGAAACUGAGAUCGGUUUUAGCCAAUGGUUCCGAUACUUCCUUCGACUUCCUGAAUGAUAAAUAUAUCAUAAUUCGACACGAUGACUCCUGCCUGAUCAGCAAGAGUGGCAAGAAGUCUAUUCUAUUUUACUGCACAGACACCAUGUGCUUGGUCGGACAGACGGUUGACGACGAGACGAAUAAAUGUAAUGCGGGUAAUAUCGCGAUGGCUAAUAUAAGCGAUUUUUAUAAAAAGAAGGGUUUGUAAUCAAGUAUUCUCGUAUAAUAAUGUACUGCAUCUUUUUAUGUAAUGUAUUUGAUUGUUCUAAUAACUAUUAAAUAAUUCGCAUGUAAUGACGUUAGCCUUCUUCUUCUUAUUAUUCUUCUUGUUCUCCUCUCUUCCAUGUGAAACUUUCCACAUUUUGUUGUUGAUAGGCAGUUUCUUGUUCUUCUUUUGCUUCUCGUGUAGUGCUACGAGAUCACGAGGUCCAAUAGCACACACACACACACACACACCUCUGUUCAUGUAUUUGUUUAGAUUGUUAUUUUUCAUGUUGAGAUGACAUUGUUUACUAGAGAAAUAAAUCUUAUCACCGAGCACCAGCACCGCCAGCGGGACCACCUGCCUAAGAAGAAACUUCUUAUUAUCGUGGUCCUGCAGAGAUAUAUAUUUCGGUACGCCUGUAAGAAAGACUUUUGUUUGUUGAUUUCCAUGUUCUGUCUGAGGAAGAUAUUCAUAUUUAUUUGAACAGUUUUGUGAAAGUUUCUACGCAUUAUAAAUCUAUUAGCUUGCUUGUACACAUUGUUUGUUAAAAAAGGCAUUAUUAUGGAUUUUUAAAAUGUACCAACGCUUUGCCUGAAUAGAGGCACUGUAUUUUGUUAUAAUUGGUAUAUUGAUAAAUGAAUGCUUUAUGAUGAAUGUUUGUUUUUACUUUGACUGGAGUUGGAGACUUUUACUAGUUACCCUGUGGGUUAUGUGUAGCUGUUUGUUCCUUAAAUCAUCAUAUGCUGUAUUGCACUGUCACUGAAUUUGGUCCCUAUCAAACGUUAUUGGAA